AUGUUCCUGGAUGGAACGGCAAAGGGCCUAAACAAGAAGCACGAGAACGAGAAGAGGUCAUGGCACGAGAGCGGGAACGGCUCCGGAAGCUGGAAGAAAGGGAGCAUAGAUUACAACUUCUCUACCCAAAAAGUGGGGCCUCGAGAUCUGCUCCAGGGGGGUCCCACACUCUUCCACCCGUGGCAACAGCUCAGGGGACAGGGGCAUCACAGACUCAGCGCUCUGUGUCUUUUGAGAUCCCAGGUCAUCAAUGAUAUCCUGACCCGGCUCGCUAAGAGCAAAGUAGAUGCUGUCCUUGAAGAGACUAUUGAUGCCCAAGUAAAGCUGGGAUUUAGUCCUUCUACCACUGCUGAGUUGGCCAACUACCUUAUUUUCUUGGAUCAAAUAGAAGACAGAGAAGUCAUGACACUUGACCACAAAACACAGGACAAACAAAUUGUGGAUAUCAACGCUGACCCUGCCAAAGUGCGACUGCUUCUGGGUGAAAUCCAGAUUUCUGUUGAUGAGCUCCGCUCCCAAGCAGCCACAUAUAUGUCCUAUCAGAAAAGAUUUAAUGUGGAGGUGAAAUGUCACUCUUUGGACAAGUUGACGACAGAUGUUCGGCUGAAGCAGCUGUUGUGGGACUCUUUGGAGGAAUGGGACAGUUUACAAGAGCGAUUGAAACAGGUCGAGGAGGCCAUGUUUGCAUCACUGCGUCGCCUCAGUAAAGCAGCCAUUGCAGAUUAUCAGGUCAAGUCCAGAGAGGAAUGGGUCGUGGCCGGGCAUCCGUCACAGGAUCGGUGUUAUUUAUGUCUAAUGGGGGCUUUGCAAUUAGACCUUGGAGGGGCCCCAGCAGGGCCAGCUGGGACAGGAAAGACAGAAACAACCAAGGAUCUAGCCAAGGCCUUAGGAAUUCAGUGUGUGGUCUUCAAUUGUUCAGAUGGAUUGGACUACAAGAUGAUGGGCCGCUUUUUCAGUGGUCUUGCUCAAUCUGGAGCCUGGUGUUGCUUUGAUGAGUUUAAUCGGAUUGACAUUGAAGUCUUAUCUGUGAUUGCUCAACAGCUGAUCACUAUUCGAAAUGCAAAAGCUGCAAAGCUAUCAAGGUUUAAAUUUGAAGGAAGAGAGAUCAAACUAGUGAUGACCUGCGCUGCAUUCAUUACUAUGAAUCCUGGCUAUGCUGGCAGAACAGAACUGCCCGACAAUCUGAAGGCUCUGUUCAGACCUAUUGCUAUGAUGGUGCCAAAUUAUGCUCUUAUUGCAGAGGACCACUAUGAUUUUGGCAUGAGAGCUGUCAAGUCUGUGCUGGUGAUGGCUGGAUCAUUGAAGAGGACUAACCCCCACCUUAGUGAAGAUGUGGUACUUAUCCGAGCCUUGCGGGACUCUAACCUCCCAAAGUUUCUCACCGAUGAUGCUGUCUUGUUCGGUGGGAUCUUGUCUGACCUGUUUCCUGGGGUUUCUAUCCCUGAGCAUGACUACGGUGUGCUACAAACUACUAUUCUAGAGUCACUGGUUAAGCGCAACCUACAGCCUCUGCCUACCAUGACCAACAAGGUGAACAAGUUGACUCUAGAAUGGAUUGAUGGAUUGAUGGCGUUGAGUGUGCGUGAGGCCGUUAGCGACACGACUGAUGAUCACAAAUGGGUCGUGUGUGAUGGCCCGGUGGAUGCCCUGUGGAUUGAAAACAUGAACACUGUGCUGGAUGACAAUAAGAUGCUCUGUCUGGCAAACAGCGAACGAAUCAAACUCACCCCGUCCAUCCACAUGGUGUUUGAGGUUCAAGAUCUUGCAGUGGCGUCUCCAGCAACUGUCAGUCGAUGUGGAAUGGUUUACAUUGAUCCAAAUGAACUGAAAUGGAUGCCUUAUGUUCAGACAUGGAUCAGUGUUCUUGGAGACAAGUUCCCAGAGCCAGAUGUGCGCGACCUAAACAGGGUUCUUUGCCAGACUUUCAUCUUCUGCUAUCUUUGGUCUGUUGGAGGUAAUGUGACCAGCACAUACUGGGAUUCCUUUGACGCCUUUGUAAAGGAGCAGUUUGCGGGAAACCUAGAUGCUGAGAUUCCAGAUCAUAUUCUCUGGAAUGUAUACAUGAACUUUAAGACCAUCCGUCUGCAACCAUGGGACAAGAUCAUUCCUGAUUUUAAAUACAACAGUGAACAGCCAUUUUUUGAGAUGCUGGUCCCAACAACAGACACUGUGCGUUAUGGCUAUUUGAUGGAGAAAUUACUUUCUGUCCAACGCUCUGUACUUUUCACUGGUGACACUGGAGUGGGGAAGUCAGUUGUUGCCAGAGAGCUACUGAACAGGAUCCAAGAAAAAGAAGGAUAUCUCCCAAUCUUCAUAAACUUUUCUGCUCAGACUUCUUCUGCACGCACACAAGAAAUCAUUGAGUCUAAACUAGAAAAAAAGAAAAAAAGUGUUCUUGGUGCCCCUGGUAAUAAAAAAUUAGUGGUCUUUGUCGACGACUUGAACAUGCCUAAGCUGGACAGCUAUGGCUCGCAGCCACCCAUCGAACUCCUUCGUCAGUUCCAAGACUUUUCUGGAUUUUAUGACAGAGGAAAAUUCUAUUGGAAGGAGAUACAGGACAUGACAAUUGCAGCUGCAUGCGCUCCUCCUGGAGGGGGCCGCAACCCAGUGACUCCUCGGUUUAUUCGCCAUUUCAGUAUGCUGUGUUUGCCCACUCCAUCGGAUCAGAGCCUCAAACAAAUCUUCAAGGCUAUCCUAAAUGGUUUCCUCACAGACUUCAAUGAGGAAGUAAAGUCCUGCUCCUCUCACAUUGUGGAUGCGUCUGUGGAGAUCUAUAAUCGUCUGAGUUUGGAUUUGCUCCCCACUCCAGCAAAGUCCCACUAUGUCUUCAAUCUCAGAGACCUCUCUAAGUGUGUUCAAGAGAAAGAGGACCGUGUGUAUGAAGAUCUAACAGACAUAAAGAAGAUUCAGAACGUUCUGCAGGACUACCUGGAUGACUACAAUGUGACCUUUUCAAAAGAGAACCGGCUGGUGUUUUUCCAAGAUGCUGUGGAACAUGUUUCCAGAAUUGCCCGCGUGAUUCGCCAAGAGAGAGGAAAUGCACUCCUUGUGGGGGUGGGAGGUACAGGAAAACAGUCUCUUACCCGACUAGCUUCUCACAUGUGUGGCUAUCGGUGCUUUGAAAUCGAGCUGACCCGAGGCUACAGCUAUGAGAGCUUCCAUGAAGACCUGAGGAGACUGUACAAAAUGGCUGGUGUGGAAGACAAAGAUAUGGUGUUUCUCUUUACUGAUACUCAGAUUGUGGUGGAAGGGUUUUUAGAGGACAUCAACAACAUGCUAAAUUCUGGUGAAGUGCCCAAUCUUUUUGAGAAGGAUGAAUUGGAACAAGUCCUGGCAGCGACGCGCCCAAAAGCAAAGAAGGCUGGAUUAAAUGAAGAGAAUCGAGAUGAGGUCUUCCAAUUCUUCAUUGCUCGUGUGCGUGAGAAGCUGCACAUCGUUCUGUGCAUGAGCCCUGUUGGCGACGCCUUCAGAUCACGGUGCCGGAUGUUUCCCUCACUUGUGAACUGCUGCACUAUUGACUGGUUUAUUGAGUGGCCACGAGAGGCUCUGCUCUCUGUCUCUCAGGCCUUCUUCCAGAACAUAGACCUCGGUAGCGAGCUUCUGAAACAGAGCUUCUCCACUAUGUGUGUGGAGAUACAUGUCAGUGUGUCCGACAUGGCUGAGCGCUUCUACUCUGAGCUGAGACGCAGAUAUUACACUACACCUACUUCAUACCUGGAGCUCAUAAACUUGUACCUGUCCAUGCUAGGGACACAGAAGAAACAGUUAGUCCUUGCAAGGGACCGUGUAAAGAAUGGGCUGACUAAGCUUCUUGAGACCAAUAAGCUGGUGGACAAAAUGAAGGUCGACUUGUCACUAUUGGAGCCAAUUCUUCAACAAAAGUCAAUUGAUGUUGACGCUCUGAUGAAGAAACUAUUUGUUGACCAGGAGAAAGCUGACGAGGUCCGUAAAGUUGUGAAAGAAGAUGAGGCUCUAGCUCAGUCCCAGGCCGAAGAAACUCAGGCCAUUGCUGAUGAUGCUCAAAGGGACCUGGAUGAGGCUCUGCCUGCUCUGGAGGGAGCCAAUCAGGCUCUCAGAUCCCUGGAUAAGGCAGAUAUCUCUGAGAUCAAAGUGUUCACCAAGCCGCCAGACCUGGUCAUGACCGUCAUGGAGGCUGUCUGUAUCCUACUUGGCUGCAAACCAGAUUGGCUGAGUGCUAAGCAAGUACUCGGAGAUUCAAACUUCCUCCGCCGUCUGACUGACUAUGACAAAGGCAAUAUCAAGCCGCAGAUUCUACAAAAGCUACAGAAAUAUGUCAACAAUCCAGAUUUCAUUCCUGAAAAGGUUGAGAAAGUUUCCAAGGCCUGCAAAUCGAUGUGUAUGUGGGUCAGAGCAAUGGAUCUCUACAGCAGAGUUCUGAAAGAAGUUGGCCCAAAAAGAGCAAAACUGGCCAAAGCUCAAGAAGAGCUGGAUGCGACUAUGGCAACCCUGAGGGAAAAGCAGGAAAAACUCAUGGAAGUUGAGAAUAAGAUCCGUGUCCUACAAGAGCAGUUUGAGAGCAGUGAGAGAGAGAAGGAGGAUCUGGUGAACUCAAUGGCGCUGACUCAGGCCCGGUUGAGCAGAGCAGGAAAGCUAACAUCUGCUCUUGCAGACGAGCAGGUUCGUUGGGACCAGAGUGUGGCCCAGUUUGAACAGGAAAUCAUUGACAUUGUGGGAAAUGUUUUUAUUGCUGCUGCCUGUGUGGCUUACUAUGGAGCAUUUACUUCCCAUUAUAGACAGUUGUUAAUUGAGCAGUGGAUCAAACAGUGCCAAGAACUGAAUAUUCCCAUCAGCUCUAACUUCAGCCUGAUUAAGAUUCUGGGCGACCCGUAUGUGAUUCGUCAGUGGAACACAGAAGGUCUGCCUCGGGACACUGUGUCGACAGAAAACGCCAUCCUGGUGACACAAGGACGCCGGUGGCCUCUGAUGAUUGAUCCACAGGACCAGGCCAACAGAUGGAUUCGUUCCAAAGAGGGCAAAAAUGGUUUGAAAGUGAUCAAAUUAACUGACCCAAAUUUUCUUCGCACCCUUGAAAAUGCAAUCCGCCUCGGUUCUCCUGUGCUGUUGGAAGAGAUUAGCGAGAGUUUGGACCCUGCUCUGGAGCCUGUUCUGCUAAAACAGACAUUUGUAUCUGGUGGACGAACUCUGAUUCGACUUGGAGACUCAGAUAUUGACUAUGAUAAAAACUUCAGAUUUUACAUGACAACAAAAAUGGCUAACCCACAUUACCUUCCAGAAGUGUGCAUCAAAGUCACUAUUAUUAAUUUCACUGUGACCAAGUCUGGGUUAGAAGAUCAACUUCUAAGUGACGUUGUUCGCCUGGAGAGUCCUCAUCUGGAAGAGCAGAGAAAUCAGCUCAUUGUUCGAAUUAACAAAGACCGUAACCAGCUGAAAGACAUUGAGGACCGCAUACUGAAGCUUCUUUUUACAUCUAAAGGAAAUAUACUUGAUAAUGAAGAGCUUGUCCAGACUCUCCAGGAGUCAAAGGUUACGUCUGAGGCUAUAAAACAUCGUCUUGAGGAAGCGGAGGCCACAGAGGUCAUGAUCAACACUGCUAGAGAACGAUACCGUCCCGUAGCCACACGUGGAUCUGUGUUAUAUUUUGUUGUCGCAAGUCUCUCUGAAAUCGAUCCAAUGUACCAGUUCUCACUCAAGUACUUCAAACAGCUGUUUGUCACCACAAUCGAAACAUCGGAGAAGAGUAGUGUGUUGGAGGAGCGUCUUCAGAUCCUGCUGGACCAAAUCCUGCUCAAUUCUUACAUCAAUGUGUCCCGCGGCCUGUUCGAACAGCACAAACUUAUCUACAGCUUUAUGUUGUGUGUUGGCGUCAUGAGACAGAGAGGGGAGAUCUCAGAGGUGGAGUGGCAAUUCUUCCUUCGAGGAGGGGCCUCACUGGAACAGGAAAACCCGGAGUGCCCUGAUGUUCCAUGGCUGAGUGAUUUUUACUGGAAGACCUGUAUUCAGCUCCAUCACGUCCUGAACUGUUUCAAGGGCAUCUUCAAGGACAUUACCAAGACUCACAUCAGCAUCAAACUCGGGCGUUUUCAGGCAUCACUUAAUCCAGAAACCUGGGAGGGCUACGUCACAGAUCUACCGCGGCUAGAGGACUCUGGAAAGACAAAGCAGGGCGAGGUUAGAGGACACUGGAACGAAAGACUGGGGUCCUUUCAGAAAUUAAUCCUGAUCAAGAGCUUGAUGGAAGAGAAGGUUGUGUUUGCUGCAACUGAGUUUGUGAUCGUUAAUCUGGGGAAACAGUUCGUGGAGAACCCCCCGGUGGACCUGGCCAACCUGUACAACAACAUGUCUCCCUGCACCCCACUGGUGUUCAUCUUGAGCACCGGCUCCGACCCCAUGGGGGCCUUCCAGCGCUUUGCCAAAGAGCGAGGAUGUCUCGAAAAAGUGGAGUCCAUUUCACUGGGGCAGGGACAAGGGCCUAUAGCCGAGAAGAUGAUCCUUGGAGCCAUGGAAAGUGGAAACUGGGUUUUUCUUCAGAACUGUCACUUGGCUGUGUCCUGGAUGUUGGCAAUGGAGGAACUUAUAAAAACUUUCUCUGAACCAGAUACACAGAUCCAUGAGAACUUCCGCUUGUUCCUGAGCUCCAUGCCCACAAAAGUAUUCCCCGUCACAGUCUUGCAAAAUUCAGUCAAGGUGACGAACGAGCCUCCCAAAGGACUACGAGCAAAUAUGAGAAGAGCCUUUACAGAAAUCACCAGUAAUUACUUUGAGGACCAUGUUCUUGAAAACGACUGGAGAAAGAUUGUCUUUGGUGUCUGCUUUUUCCAUGCAAUUAUCCAGGAGCGGAAGAAGUUUGGCCCUCUGGGCUGGAACAUCCCAUAUGAAUUCAAUGAUAGUGACAGGGAGUGCGCCCUGCUUAACCUCAAUCUGUACUGCAAGGACGGCUCCAUCCCCUGGGACGCACUUAUUUACAUCACUGGUGAGAUCACAUACGGAGGCAGAGUGACUGAUGCCUGGGAUCAGCGAUGCCUCAAAACCAUCCUUAAAAGCUUCUUCUCUCCUCCGACUCUGAAUCCAGGCUACACUUAUUCAUCUUCAGGGAUUUAUCAUGCCCCAGACUCUAGCCACCUCAAUGAUUUCAGGGACUAUAUUGAAAGUCUGCCCAUUAUUGACGAUCCAGAAGUGUUUGGCAUGCACGAGAACGCCAACUUGGCUUUUCAGCGAAAAGAAACUUUAUCUUUGAUCAGCACCAUAAUGGAUGUUAACCCUCGGUCUUCGGCCAGCGAUGGAGCAAAGAGUAAUGAUGAAAUCGUCUGUGAGAUGGCGAAGUCCAUCUUAGAUAAACUCCCUGAGCGUCAAGACAUGAGUGAAGCUACAGAGGGCCUGUUUAUCCAAGAUGAACAUGGACGCUUGAACUCGCUCACGACGGUGCUGGGGCAGGAGGUCGAUCGAUUUAACAAUUUACUCAAAGUGCUCAAGACUUCUCUGGUGACUCUCCAAAAGGCCAUUGGAGGUCUUGUGGUGAUGUCAGAGGAGAUGGACCGCAUCUACAGGAGCUUCCUCAACAACCAGGUCCCGAGCCACUGGGCCAACUCUGCGUACCCUUCUCUGAAGCCACUGGCUUCAUGGGUCAAAGAUCUGGUGCUCAGGACCUUCUUUAUUCAGACUUGGAUCACUCGUGGACAGCCCAAAUCGUUCUGGAUCUCUGGGUUCUUCUUCCCUCAAGGCUUUCUCACGGGAGUGCUUCAGAAUCAUGCACGGCUCUACAAUCUUCCUAUAGACGAGCUGAACUUUCGCUUUAACAUGGUGGCUGUCUACAGGGAUCAGGCUGCUGUGAGCGAAGUGCUACGAGCUCUUCCUGAGAAUGCAAAAUUGGACAUGGAUGAUGAGCUGCCUGACCCAGGGGACGGUGUGCUGGUCCACGGGAUGUUUAUGGACGCGAGUCGCUGGGACGAUGAGAACAUGGUGGUCGCGGACGCUUUACCGCGACAGAUGAACUCCAUGUUACCAGUGGUGCACUUCGAGCCUCAGCAGAACUACAUCCCUGAUCCAGACCUGUACCAGGCUCCUCUGUACAAGACCUCCUCUCGGGCCGGGACCCUCUCCACCACAGGUCACUCCACUAACUUUGUUGUGACGGUCAUGCUUCCUUCGAGCCGACCCAGUGAUUACUGGAUCUCCAAAGCCUCUGCUCUGCUUUGCCAGUUAGAUGACUAG